UUGCAUCAAUCGCUGCUGGUGAAGGUUUGUCUGUCCAAACCCCUCCAACUCUCUAACGGGAUCCGGAUUCUACUUAUUCUUUACCCUCUUUAUGUCCAUCUUUCGUGUUGUUAUAUAUGUUUGUGGUUCAGAUCUGGUUCUAUCUCUUGUUGUGUUUUUUCUUGUGAUUUAUCCUACUGAGAAAGUCAUUUCAUCUGAUCAGCAGGACUCUAGCUAGCAACUUUUCUUAAGUUACCAAUAGGGUUUUCUUUGUACGAGCUAGGAAGAUCGAUCAAGAGGAUAUAUAUUAGAAGAGAUGUGCAGUAGAGGCCAUUGGAGACCUGCUGAGGAUGAGAAGCUCAAGGAAUUAGUGGAACGUUAUGGACCUCACAACUGGAACGCCAUCGCUGAAAAGCUACAGGGGAGAUCAGGGAAGAGUUGUAGGUUGAGAUGGUUCAAUCAGUUGGAUCCCAGAAUCAACCGGAGCCCCUUUUCCGAAGAAGAAGAAGAUCUCCUCCUUGCUUCACAUCGAAUUCAUGGCAACCGAUGGGCCAUCAUUGCUAGGCUGUUCCCUGGUCGAACUGAUAACGCAGUCAAGAAUCAUUGGCACGUCAUCAUGGCACGAAGAUGCCGAGAAAGAUCCAAGCUGUAUGCCAAGAGAGCCGCUGCACAGACGUUGUCCAAACACGACCAUCACACAAAGAAUCUGGCUUCCCUCGUUGAAAAGUACACUCAUAGAUUUGAGUUCCCUUUGGUACAUAACUACCACCAAAAUUUAUGUGAUCCUCAGCCUCAGAGUUUAAUUCACAAUCAGAAGCUUCAUCAAGAUAAAAAGCAGAAAGUGGAGUUUUAUGAUUUUCUGCAAGUUAGAACAGAAUCUUUGCGGAGCGAAGUGACCGAUCAAGGUAAAAGAGACGAGGAAGAGGUUGAUCAGAAUCAUUUUAGUGCAUUACUGGCAGAGCAGCAGAAGAAACCUAGUACUGUUCAAUUUAUAGAUUUCUUAUCAGCUCAUACUUCUGCAGCCUAAUUAACUGACGCAGACAAUUAACAUCUAGAAAAAGUUAGUAUGCAUGAAAUGAAACGGUACUGCUUCUGUAUUGGUUGAACAAAACCAUGUGCUUCUCUAUGGUACACGGCGGUGUAUGUACUAAAUCUUCAUGCAGAGAGAAACAGACGUAGGAUGCAUGUAAGAUAUAUAUAUUCUCAUGAGUUGUAACAAUAAUCAUAUAUAUGGCCUGAGAAACUUAUUAUAUACUCAGGGAAAAACAAACAUGCAUUCAGAUUGAUCUAUGUACAAUAUAAAUAGUUUGGAAUUGUGUCCUAUUUAAUUAAAUUAUAUCUGUAUUAAUGACAUACAUGCAGGUUUUACAAUUUGAGUGUUGUAUGGAGUCCAUUUACU